GAUAUUGACGUCACUUUAGGGCGUGGCUACAAACAGGUGUACGUUUCACAGGUGUACGAAAAGGAAAUAUAGCUAACCAGUGGAAAACAAGUUGAUUUUUUCAGUUAUAUGCAGACAUAUAUUUACCAUGAACCCAAAGUGCAUUGGGGGUUGUGUACCGUUAUUUAUUCUCGGCGUUGCCUUUGAUGUGGUCGGUUUAGUAAUCCUACUCGUCGGAAUUUUUGCGAAUUUGCGCUUAGAUGGCAGAUUCUAUGGAGAUUUUCUUAUCUAUACUGGUUCCAUCAUUGUUUUUCUCAGUCUUAUUUGGUGGGUCUUGUGGUACACUGGAACCAUUACGGUUGCUUCUGACGAGCUUGAGAAAAGUACCUUGGACAAUUUAGCGCACUGGGCUCGCAAACUCUCGAAGCGACUUUCAAAAAACAGUGUCAAAACUCUGGAAGUGGGUGAGAAGUGUAUCGGUGAUGGCAAAGAUUCGCUGAAAGGAACUUUGCCCGUCCAUGUGCCGACACGACUAACGUGGCGAAGCCCAGGUGUGACAGGCUAUGAUAAUGACGCUUUCGACCGAAGUUUUGACAUGUCGGCAAAUGAAAAAACAGUGGAGCUUGCUAUUCUGAAGAACUCCGAGAUGCUCCUGAAUGCUGGUGUGAAUGGCAAACCAGAAAGACUACUGUGACAGACGACUGGUAUACGUUAUUGUUAUCUUCUGGCUGUGUGAGCUGAACAUUUGGGUAGAAGCGGACUGCACUUAUUCAGGGAUGAAUAUUUUAGUAUUGCACAAAUAUUGCACAAAUUGUUUUUACUGUGCUUUUUAAUGGA